AGAACCUUUAUUUCUAAAUAGAAUUUAACAUUGUUAUAAAUCAGCUGACAUUUUCUAUGGAGGAAUACUUUGUACUAUGGAAUUGUUUUUCUCUUCUAACAGUGUUGAGAUGGUGGACUAAAGAUGGGAGACUGGAAUUUCCUUGGGGUCAUCCUGGAGGAAGUCCACAUUCAUUCGACAAUAGUUGGAAAAAUCUGGCUCACCAUUCUUUUCAUAUUCCGUAUGUUGGUUUUGGGUGUAGCAGCUGAAGAAGUUUGGAAUGAUGAACAAUCCCAGUUUGUGUGCAAUACAGACCAGCCUGGAUGCAAAAAUGUCUGUUAUGACCAAGCAUUUCCUAUAUCGUUGAUUCGAUAUUGGGUUCUUCAAGUUAUAUUUGUGUCUUCACCUUCAUUGGUAUAUAUGGGCCAUGCAAUUUAUAGACUAAGAGUUCUUGAGAAAGAAAGACACAAAAAGAAAGCUCAGCUAAAAGUAGAGCUUGAGGGUAUAGAGUAUGAUUUGACAGAGGACCGUAAAAGACUGGAGCGUGAACUGCGACAACUGGAACAAAGAAAACUCAAUAAGGCUCCACUCCGUGGUUCCCUCCUCUGCACUUAUAUCAUACAUAUAUUCACCAGAUCUGGUGUUGAGGUUGGUUUUAUGGUUGGCCAGCAUUUGCUAUAUGGAGUUCAAUUAAAUCCUCUCUAUAAAUGCCAAAGAGAUCCUUGUCCCAAUGUGGUUGACUGCUUUGUAUCGAGACCUACUGAAAAGACAGUAUUUAUGCUAUUUAUGCAAUGCAUAGCAGGGGUUUCUCUGUUUCUUAACAUUUUGGAAAUAGGGCAUCUUGGGGUGAAAAAGAUCAGGAAAGGAUGCUUAGAAAGAUAUAAAUUAAAAGAAGAAUUUGAUGAAUUUUAUAUAAAUAAACCUAAGAGACAUUCAACAGCUACUCAUACAUGUAUUGGUACAUCUUCUAGCCCACAUAAGACCCUUCCUUCAGCACCCAGCAACUACACAUUGUUGAUGGAAAAACAAAAUGAUCCAACUGUAUAUCCAAUUUUAAAUCCCCCCUGUGGAUUCCAUCCCAUUGUAGACUUACAUCGAGAUAACAGUAAUACAUGUAUUCUUGAUGAGCAGGAAACCAAAUCUGCCAAUGAAGUAAACUCUGCAAAUACAGCAGAAAGCCAUUGUCACAACAGCAGUUCUAACAAUAAUGAAAACAUAAGUAAUACCAAUGCAUCGGACAAUAAGCCAGCAAAAAAACAUCCACAACGGAAAAGUGGUUUUAUAAGAAGCAAUUAUUCAAAUGCUGAGAGUACACCAAGUAUACCGAUGGGAACAAUGACUGAGAUGCCUUCCGAAGACAAUGAGGAUUGCUCCAAAACAUUGUAUUCCACAGUCAGCAAUGCAGUCCGAAAAACUCGAAGGAUCAGUGCUCCAUGGCACUGUUCUAGAGUUGCUGAGAGAAAUGCAUUUAUACAGGAUUCAAUAUGCAGUACAAGAGGACGUUACAGCUUCAAUGCUAAUAGAUCAUGGGCACCCUCAAAGUCUGACCUGAAGCAAAGUAGCCGGCCAGGCACGCCAGAUACUAUAGGAGAGCAGAGUCCAGAACACAAGCAGUAUAAAGAAUGUGAAGGCCCCAUAAACUUUUCCCCAAAUCGAAGGAUGUCAUUGGCAAGUAACGCCAGCAGCCGACGUGCUCCCACUGAUCUGCAAAUCUAACAUUUACCGAAACAUUAUACUGGCAGACAUUUUUGGUUGCUGUCACGCAGUUGUACUCACUGAUGUAGAAAAAUUAACAAUAUAGAAGCAACAAAGCAAAAGAUUAGUCAAAAUGCAUUUAAAACCACUCAGCACCAGC